UCAUCAUCUGCUCGCUGAACUGAACUUCAGCCUGGGUUCCAUUCCAGCACUGAAGCAACCUACCGUACUGAGCCUUAGGGAAGAAAUCCUGGUGUAGCUGUCUGGACGGGUGAGGUGUGCGGCAAGGUUGCAAGAAGCCCAGUAACCAAGUGCAGGAAGUUAAAUUGAUUCGAUCGCUGACGCCUUUGCUUCUGGCUAUGGCGUCAUCGGGCCUGGCGAGCACCCAUACCUCCACCUUCCUGGCCAUUGGGCCGCAAUUACAGAGAACUGGGAGCUUAAGACGGACAAGCUGCCUGUCACCCACAUUGUGCCAAUCAUGGUCUCUGUGUGCAACAGCAGCAAACACGAGCUGUAGAGUGUGUGACGGAAAGUGCGGUGCAGUUGUGCCUCACCAGCGAUUUGGCGAGGACUUGCAGCUGGCAGGGAAGGGGAAGAAGAGCAUCGGAGGCAAAGUGGGGAGUUGGAGGAAGGGGAGAGAGGUGCAAGCCUUUGCUCAGCUUGCUGUUGGCCCUGCUGCACACAGUUGCUCUCCUGGCGGCACAAAACGACUCUCGAAGGGGUUGGCAAAGAAAAUUUACAGCGAGGGGAGGGACGGGGCAAAAGGUGUGCAGCGCAGCGGCGCACCUCUCUGCAGCAGGGGAGGAUAUCCUCGCUCUCACUUGCAUACAAUCUGUGCCAGAGUAUCUAGUCGGCGGAUAAGCGAUCGUGUCGAGUCCAGGAUUGGCUGUCGUGCAUUGAGCGACAGCGGGGCGCAGAGUGGUGUUGGUGUUGUGCAAUCCACAGAGCCCAAGAUGCAGGGAGAUGGGUCGGACGUUGACGUGGAAGCCGUUCUUUUUGACAUGGAUGGUGUCUUGUGUGACAGCGAGAGCAGAUCCCGUCAAGCGGCUGCGGAGCUCUUUCAUGAAAUGGGAUAUCCUGACGUUGUUGAAGCAGAUUUUGUGCCGUUCACUGGAACAGGUGAACUCAACUUUCUAUCAGGGGUCGCGAGGAAGUAUGGAGUUGAAGGCUUUGAUGCCGCUAAGUCAAAGGACCGAUUUUAUGAGAUUUAUCUGGAGAAGUGCAAAGAAGCCGGUUUGAAGAUCGCAGUUGCCUCAAGUGCGGACCGAGUAAAAGUCAAUGCCAACCUUCGUGCUGCCAGCAUACCAAUUGAGAUGUAAAUUUUCUCGACCCACCUGAUCGAAGACAUGGGACCAAAAGAAAGGGGGAAAAAAAACAGAAACAGUGUUUGUCUUUUUUGCUGUUUGCAGUGUCUGCCUGUUUUGCCAGAGCAAAAAUCGUCCAGUCUGUGUUUUUUUUUUUUUCAUUUGUUCUUUUUUUUUCCAAAACAAAAGGUAAAUUGAGAA